AUGAUUAUUCCGAUUCGCUGCUACUCAUGUGGCAAGCUCAUCGGCAACAAGUGGGAGAAAUAUCUGCAACUUCUACAGCGGAAGUCAGAAGAGCAAGAGAAGCAAGACAGGGAUGACCCCGAGAAUAGAUCGCGGCCAAAGCCAGCCCCAGAGAAAGAGGUCUUGGAUGAGCUUGGCUUCAACAGGUACUGCUGUCGUCGAAUGAUGUUGACACACGUAGACCUCAUCGAGAAGGUAAUGAACUACAACAUCUACGAGAAACGCGGGCAGCAGCUCGCCAUGGAGGACGAAGACCAAGAGAUGGAGGACUGA